AUGGCUCUCGAAUCACCACAGCCGCUCUCUAGAAAGAAGUCACUGUUCCGGCGCUUCUCAAGACGAGAUCGAGGCGACGCUCCUCCGUCACCUUUUCUAAUGAACGAAGGCCUUCGUUCAUAUUCGCCCAGUUUACAGUCACCCAAUCCGCAAUCGCCGAGAAGGUUACAGCACCGUCCUUCACAUGCACCGUCCUACUUCCUUACACCACCGCCGUCGCCCGCAAACAAGAGCACUGUUAUAGCCAUCGAUGCGUCGAAACCGCAACAACCCAAGAUGGUUGCACAUAUCCAACGCAUCGAGCUACCAUCAGAUCGACACGCCCGCAGCGAAAUCACACCCCCGCCAUCUCCAGAGCCGCGGCGACGCGUGCUUCCGAGUGCUUUACCAACCAUGCCGUUUCCCGGCAAGCCCCUCAUAACCUCAUGGAAUAUCUUCCUCCCACCCUCGCAAAUAUACUCGUUAUAUCUUGGGUAUGCACCAAAGGACAUGGAUGAUAAGUGGUAUAUAUAUAGCGAGGGUCCUGAUCAAACAGGAAAACUGAAGGUCCAUUUCCACCGAAGUUGGACUGGACUGAAGGUGGCAGAACUGUUCGUGGUCAUGGAUACAAAGGGCGAGGGCGCUGGAAAGAUUGUAGGAAUCAAGUGGAAUGGGGGUGAAGAAAUGAACUGGAUGAGCGAAGAGGAGGCGAAAUACAUGAUACGGACGGCCUGUAGGUGGCAAUUAGCCGUGGAUUUGGAGAAUCCAAGCUUAGACCUUCUGGGACUCAUCGCUGACCUGCAGAGGGUAGAUGCAACGCGUGCAACGUUCGUCGGGUUCGGUGUUCUGGAGAACAGCCGUGCCAACGAUGCACCAAAUCCUCACGGCAAUGCGACACUCGAGAUGGGGUUCAAGAUUGCCGCACCUGAAGAAGCCGCUGAAAUCAUUGGACAGCUCGAUCAUGGCGUGCCAGGGCGUUCAACCGCACCGACUUUCCUAUCUGUGUCAAUGGAACUGGACCAAGCCGGUGCGAACGACGGCCGCCUGCUUGUUGAUCCUUGUGGGACCCCGAGAUUCUUUGGCGAAACAUCUGGAGCGACAUUUUUGGAUUACUUGAAACAAUUCAUGCUUACCUUAGUUCCUUUAACCUUCCAGCCUGAGUCUGCGGAUGGGUCUUCAUUCGUUGCUUCAAUCGGAACAUAUCAGACCUACGAUUCGAGACCAAUUCCCAAUCCAAGUGUGGAUCCUCUAUGGCUACCCGAUCAGGAAGAUAUGGCAUUGAUGUUGGCCCAAUUACGAGCAUAUAUUCAAGAUGGCAACGGCGAAUUUCUCUCCGGCGGAAUAUACUGGUGGGGCGAUCUCAGCAAGCUUCCCACAUCUGCAGCCCCUUCGAUGAGUGCAAUGACGACUGAAGACACUCACCGACGCUUGGCAUUUUAUCAUGUCUGCUUCGCCCUGGCUACGUCUGUUGAUCAUGCGACUUUCCAUCGGUCAGACCAGCAUGCAGGAGGGGCUUUCUUCAAGCGCGCGCGAAAGCUUCUUGGAAACCCUUUGGAUACCGUGCGAUUCACUCUGGAUGAUGUGCCGGUCUUGACCCUUAUGGGAUUCUAUUUAAUCGAACUCAACCGCAGAGAUUCAGCUUACGUAUAUGUCAGCCUAGCAAUUCAUAUUGCCAUAAUACAUGGGGCAUUCAGGUCAUGUAAUGACGAAGCGAGUAAACGCACUUUCUGGACCCUAUAUAUAUUGGAUAGAUGGCUUUCCGUACUGAUGGGACGCCCACCAACUCUACUGGAUGAAGCGAUCAGGCUACCUUUACCAAGCGAUGUGCCCUCAAUGCCACCGUGUGCAGGCCUCCGAGCACACGUCGAGCUAUCACGUAUCUCUGGCUUCAUUGUUUGUGAAACAUUCAAAAUCGCCCCGAGACACUACCAACGUGGAUAUUCGACCCUACACGUGGAUAAGGCUCUGGAAUUGCUCGAAGACUGGAAGCUGCAAUUGCCAUCGGUACUAGCUGUCCACAUAGACGCUGAUCCUGCGGUUCUCUCUCUGCAUCUAGCUUCGAACCAGCUCAUUGUCCUCGCAACUCGACCGAUCAUACUUGCCGCUGUCAAGCAAGCUGUUGCUGAAUGCUACAUGAACGGCCACUGGUCUGUGCAGCAACACGCGCAUAGCAAAUAUAUUCAAGCUUGCUCAGAGGCUGCCCAGCGUAAUUUGUCGUCAGCUCAACGAUUGCGGUCAAUGAGGAAGCUACUGCAGGCCGGUUUGCACUUCGUCUUCAACGCAGCUGUUAUCCUGAUACUAGAUCGGAUUCUCCACUCUUCUAGCACUGAAGCCUCGCCGGCUCUGCUCAACACCGCAGUGUAUGCCUCCGAGAUAGACUUUGCCAUGCGCACCUUUGAAGAGGAGUCAAGAACGGGUACCAACUACCCCAGAGACUGUUACAAAGUUUUACAAGAUCUCAAAGCUCUAGUCGAUCGCUACCUGUCUCAUGGUCAUAGACACUUCGAGCAAGGAACUGACCCUGGUCUAGUCAUUAGUACUCCUGGACCGCAGUACAGUGCCCAGCGAGGCCCAGAAAUCCAAGGAAGUCCAUCGAACAUGACAGCAGGUACUGUCUACCAAGAGCUGCAAACCUGGAUGCAAAGUGACGGGCUAAAGCUACACAACAGCUUACUCAUUUGA